ACCGCAAGAUACAUAUAUCAUCAACAGGUCUGUGAUUGUGUCCUCACAUAUACAUUAAAGAAAAAGAAAAGGAAAUGGCGUCGACGGCAGAAGCAGCGGCGCCACCGUCAUGGAAGUCGCCGGUGCCGUACCUAUUCUGCGGGUUGGCAGCCAUGCUUGGCCUCAUAGCCUUUGCUCUCUUGGUCUUAGGCUGCUCCUACUGGAAGCUCAACAACGACCACCGCCAAAGAAGGAGCGUCGUUGAAUCACAGACUGGCGAAAAGGAGGCGGCGGUGGUGGUGGAGGAGAAGUACCUGGUGAUAAUGGCUGGAGAGGAUAACCCAACUUUCUUGGCAACUCCGUGCACUAAAACUAGUCAACAAAACAUUCACAUUCACUGACAUAUAAAUGGAUUAAGGAAUUGUUGUACAUUCAGCUCCACCCAUGUAAAAAUAUAAAUACUACUUUUUUCAAGAAUUACAUGUAAUUUAUUGUCUUUAAUUACACACACUAAUUUUGUAAGUAGUUCUAGUACUAUAUUGUACUCCUAUGUUCGGUUAUUGCAAACUUUAUGUGACUAUUGAAUUCUGAUAUCA